UUUCCGGGGCGCGGUGCUGUGUCCAGGGUAACGGGAGCGGGCGGAGCGCGGCUUGCGGCCUGGAGCCCGCGGACGGGAGAGAGAGCGCGGGCCGGGCCUGCGGGCUGUGAGUGACCGAGCGCCGGCCCCAUGAGCGCGCCGCAGCGGCGGCCGACGCGACGGAGCGAAGGCGGGGAGGUGAGCUCGGGGCCGGGCCUGAGCCGGGCACCGGUCGUCAGCCCGCGGUCGGGCCGCGGAAGCCGGAGCUCAGAGGCCGGCCUGGGCGUCCUGCUGCAGCAGCCCCUGACCCGGCAGCAACUGAAACGCCUGGAGGAGCACCGGUACCGGAGCGCCGGCGCCUCGCUGCUGGAGCCGCUGAUGCAGGUAUGGUGGGAGUGGCUGGUCCGCCGCCUGCCGCUCUGGAUGGCGCCCAACGCCAUCACCAUCACCGGCCUGGCCCUCAACGCCUGCACCACCCUCGUCCUCAUGUUGUACUGCCCCACGGCCACCGAGCAGGCACCUUUGUGGGCAUACCUGGCCUGUGCUCUGGGACUUUUUAUCUACCAGACGCUCGAUGCAAUAGAUGGGAAGCAGGCUAGAAGAACAAAUAGUAGCAGUCCUCUUGGAGAGCUGUUUGACCAUGGCUGUGAUUCACUUUCCACAGUCUUUGUGGUCCUUGGAAUAUGUAUAGCCGUGCAGCUUGGCACCAACCCAGACUGGAUGUUCUUCUGCUGUUUUGCUGGCGUUUUCAUGUUCUACUGCGCUCACUGGCAGACGUAUGUUUCUGGGACACUGCGCUUUGGGAUAUUCGACAUCACUGAAGCUCAACUCUGCAUUGUAGUUGCACAGGUUGCAACGGUGCUUAUGGGGCCUUCAAUGUGGAGUAUGCCGAUCCCAGUAUUGGAAAUUCAAGUUAAAAUCGUGCCAGCACUCUUUGUGGUGGCUGGUGCCAUCUUCUCCUGCACCAACUAUUUCACUGUCAUCUUCACAGGCGGCGUUGGCAAGAACGGCUCAACCAUUGCGGGCACGAGUGUUCUGUCACCAUUCCUGCACAUAGGAACAGUAAUAAUACUGGCUUUGAUGAUUUACAAGAAAUCCACAAGCCGGCUUUUUGAGAAUAAUCCCUGCCUCUACAUCCUUGCUUUUGGCUUCGUCUCUGCAAAAAUAACCAAUAAAUUAGUGGUGGCUCACAUGACGAAGAGUGAGAUGCACUUGCAGGACACUGCCUUUGUUGGCCCAGGACUCCUCUUCCUAGACCAGUACUUCAACAGCUUUAUCAGCGAGUAUUUGGUGCUCUGGAUUGCUUUGGUUUGGUCUCUCUUUGACCUAAUCCGUUACUCCGUAGGUGUCUGCAAUCAGAUCGCAUCCCAUCUUCACAUUAAUGUCUUCAAAAUCAGUUCCAUCUCCUCGCCAGUCAGCACCCUGGAGCAUAACCAUCAUGAGUAACUUGACUACUGUGCUUGAUGAAGUACCCCAAGGCUGUGACUGAGGAAAUGUACAUAGAGCAAAACAAGUGAACAAAUUAUUAAUUUAUGGUUCAAUCAUUGUGUGCACUUUUGUUUUAUUUAAGCCUCAGUUUCUGAAUGAAAUCUAUCACUCCUAAAUUAGCAGACUGUGGAAGGAACUGACUUGCUCCUGCAUGCAUAUCGCCCUGUAAUGCUGACAGGUCAGGAAGGAAUGUGGUCUUGUCCGGGGCCUAGAUGAGCACACCGAGUAUGCUCGGUCUCAUCAGCCCUUUUGGUCGGACAGCUGACUAUCCACUGGCAUAGUACAGUGCUGAGGUUCGCGGCGUGAGUUAAUUGAAAUUCCUACAAGUUAAGUACCUUGUGAAAACCAGAUGAGCCAUAUUGCAGGUAAGGACUGCAAGGGAUUUGGGGUGUGAGGGGAGGGUGUGGGCUGCUUUGUGCCAAGCCAGAUUCUCGCUGUUGGCAGUUGUGAGGUGAGUGAACUGCAUGCAGUGUACUUCACAAAACAAAAAUAAAAUGGUUGGGGAUAUAAUCUGAUGGGGGUGUUUCCUGAUGCAAGGCACGAGCGCCUCUGGAUUGAAGUUUUGGAAUGCACUAUUUUGUAACAUAUGUCCUAAUUACACCAGUAAAGCUGUAUCAGAUUCUGGUAUUAACCAUACAGAACUGUAAUUAAAGGGGCCUUUUUUGUGCUGAGCUGCCACUUUAAGGAGCAGUAUAACGUGACUUUUGUUUGCUAUAUUUUUUUACACGCCAACAUGUAAAGGAGUACAUAGCCAGGAACUUUUGCGUCCACUUUAACAAAGUGAUUUCACUUCCCCCCCAAAAAUAAUCACCCUUGCUUGUAGACUUACCCUACAAGAGUGAGCCUGUAGCUUCCUGAUUUAUUCUGAAUGCUAUUCCUCAUGAAUCGGAUCUUUCCAACCUUGUCUUAAGCUUGUGCUAUCACCAAAGGUACAAAUCAGUAAUAUUCAUUGAGAAACUGCAAGAAACAGUUUUCUCAUUGGAAAAUUCUUCAAAUACAACUUGCUUCACAGGGUAUCAAACUAAGAGAUACAUUUUCUUCCUUGAUUAAGGCUUGCUUUGCACUGAUCGUAGAAUAAUUUAUUGGCUUAAACAGUACUGGAAAACAUGCACGGUAACAGCAUUAGUGCCCAAAGUUUACAACUUUAUGGAAAUGAGAGAAUUACAUGCUGGACAGAUGCUGGGUUCCAUGCACCCAUUCAUUGACUGUGCCAGAUAAAGUGUUCCUUCAUUCAUGUGGGUAAAUGAUUCAGUACCUUUGUAUAAUAUAAAAUAAUCUCCACAAUGGGACUGCAGUUCGUCUCCUGUUAUGGAAAAUAGUUUGCCUGCCUGAGUUUCAUCUGUCAGCCUUUGCAUCACAGCUGAAAACAAGCUUGGCCUUCUACUGUUUGGCAGUUGUCCAGUUACCAAUAGCGUGUUUCAGAACUCACUGAGACUUGCUACUCUGGUAUGUAUGUGAGUAUGAGUUGAAGCUGAAACAUCUAAGGACAGCACAAGAUUUUUCUAUUUGAAAAUAGACAAUGAAUAUAAUCGUAAUGAGGGUUUCAGAAGGAAGACCUGGCUUCUCAGUGUUGAUACACACCCCACAAUCGGUCUUGAGUAACUUGAGUUCUGUCCCACUUUGAGUGUUUCCAAUUGUUUGGCCAGUAAAGUGCUGAGCAAUUCUGGGAUGAGUGUCGGGGAUGGAUUUGUGCUGUUGCACAUUAGAUUCUGCUGUCUUGUGUUCUUUGGCUUUGUGGAAAAGCAGGACGUGACCUGAAUAAUCAGCUGCGAUUUGGUGGUUUUACCAUUGGUACACAGCAAGCAUUUUCACUGGCAUCAAUCAACAAUUCUAUUCUUCUGUAGUGCUGAAAAUCAGGGCUACUGUGAUCAGAAAAAGCAGUAGCUCAGUGCUUAAUCCAGCCUGCAACCAAAUGUUUUCUGUAGCAAAGGAUUAGUGCUCUAAAAUUAACCUAUACUUGCAUAAAUGCAACUUUUCCUGAGAAAUAUUGCUAUAUGCCAUUUAAUGUAUUUUGUUUAGGAAAUGCCAUAUAACAGGAUAAGGAAAAUAGCAAUAGAUUGAAUCAAAAUUGUCAUCUCGGGUGACCAAGAGAAUUUUGUAAACUCCUGUGAAUCUCAACAAUGGCGACUUACCUGAUUUCACAGUAAAGUUUGAUUGAUGAGGAUUUCAGUUUGUUGGUAAUAGGUGGAUUUUUUGCAUUGGUAAUCAUUUACACAGAAUAUAUUUUGUCAAAUAGGUAAUUUUUGAGCAUUGGCUGCUCCUGGUAUUAUGAAUAAUACAGGGAUUGGGGAUGAGUACCACAUUCAUCCUUGAAAUGAAUCUUGAGACUUGAGAGAUUUUAAAUGAAAGCAAAGGAUUUGUUUCAAUAUGAAUUAACAUCCUGAAUUCGGGGGAGGGGGGGGGGGAGCCUGUUGUGCACAUAAAGCCAGUUCACACAUGAAAAUGCCCAAACUAUGCAAGAAUCGGAAACUAGUAUACUCCUCCUAGCAUCAGUACUUUUUACAAUGAGUUGUCAUCAUUCAAAAGUGUUAUGAAUGGAUUCCUGACAGUAUUAUUUGUGCAAGGUGUAGGGCUGCCUUGUAAUGUUUUCAAAUAUAUAGAUAGGAAGAGGGUGUGGGCUUGCUUGGGAAUAUCUGGGUUCCUCCUAUCAUUUUGUGUACUCUAACUUUCCAGAGAGUUCACUUUGAUUGUUAGCAGUGAGAAUGGGGUCCUGACCUCACUAAUCCCACCAUUUCUUAACACAUUUCCAGGUCCCAGAUAUGAUUUACAGAAUGAACCAAAGCAUUUCUUGCCUUUGACCCUUUUCUUGAGCUUAAUUGUUUCUGAAAGAGGAGUCGUAACUGGAAAAAUCCAAUCCAAUCAGUUGUAAUAUAACAGGAAUACUCUGCUAUAUGGAAUAGUAAUAAUCCAAUGAGCAGGUCAUUUUAUUGACCAUCCCUAUUCACUUGGAGCAACUGGAUAUAAUGGAGAUAUAUAAUUGUUUUGCACAAAUCUUGUUUGUUUAUGAAAAUACAAAUGAUUUUACCUAAUUUUGCCUUUAGUGUAACUAAGCCUCUUGAUUUUAUUCUUGUAACUUUCUGUUCUUUCUAAAUAAGUGCUGAUGUAAAUAAAGAUUGCUUUAUUCAUGA